AUGUUCGCCUCCCAGGGCUUCGAGGGCUUCCAGGAGGAGCAGUCCCCGGCUUUGCUCUCCGACCUUUUUGCCAUGGAGUCGGCACCUGACAGCAGCCCAGGGAGCUACAACCCUAGGACUGUGGCUGUGAAGGAGAAGCCCCGGGGGCCAGAGGGCGGCCGAGGUGGCAGCCGGGGCAGCUACAAUCCCCUGCAGUACCAGGUGGCACACUGCGGGCAGACGACCGUGCACCUGCCCCCAACCCUGACAGCACCAGGCCAGCCCCUGUGCGUCCCCGAGGCCCCCUUGGCCACCACCGUGCCCCCCAGCAGCCCCCUCAAGGCGCCCUCCCCGGCUGACCCCUCGCAGGAGGGCAAGAGGGCAGUGAACAACAGCCUGGAGUACCGGCUGCGGCGGGAGCACAACAAUAUCGCCGUGCGCAAGACCAAGCGGCGCAUCCUGGAGAUACAGCAGUACAUGGCAGAGAAUGAGCAGCUGCGCAGCCGCGUGGAGCAGCUCACGCAGGAACUGAAUAUCCUGCACAGCCUGGCAGAGCGCCUGAGUUCAAUACCUUGUUCAGGCUCCUCACUUAGCAUCGUGCUAAUGCAGACCCAGAAGGUAAGAUCUACGGAGCACGCCAAGUGCAAGAUGGUCACGGCCAUGGAUGUGGUCUACGCGCUCAAGCGCAAGGAGCGCACACUCUACGGCUUCAGCGGCUGA